AUGGUUCAAUCAGCUGGUAAGUAUUGCAGCGCGUACUCACACCUCUCUAACAGUCAACUGACGACUAUCUAUCCCUCUGUGUGGUGUUGCAGCGGGUCUGCUGUCGUUACUCGACGAGCCGGAUGCGACCUUGCAGGCUUACGCGUUGCAGCAGAUCGACCCCCUGAUCCACACUUUCUGGGCCGAGGUGGCCGACCAUGUGGUCAAAAUGCAAGUCUCUCUGCCCCGUGUUCGAUCACACCUACUGCAUCCGCAAGAGUACGCUCUUGCCCCCUUCCGUACUCGGCGCUGACGACACCCUCGUGCUCGAUGCUCGAUGCUCGAUGCUCCUCAUCCCCUUCCACCGCGCUCGUCUGCUUUCUGCACAGUGAAUCCCUUUCCGAGACACCGACGUUCCCCUCCCAAGCCCUCGCUUCGUUGAUCGCUUCCAAGGUCUACUACCACCUUGGCAAUUUCGACGAGGCGCUCUCGUUCGCGUUGGGCGCCGGCAAGUGGUUCACCCUUGAAGGCGCCGUCGAUGACCAGGAACCGACCGAGGCUGAAUACAUCGAGACCAUCAUCGGUGCGUCAAGAGCACGACCUGCUCGCUGGCUCGAGCUAUUGUGCUAAUUCGUCCGCAUCACUUUCCUCGCAGCCCAAGCGAUCGAUGCCUACGUCGAUGCACGCGCCGCCGCUGCCACGGCCACGGCCACUGCAUCGACCUCGACUUCGACCUCCAAACCCGUCGACGCCAGACUCGAGGCCAUCGUCGAGAGGAUGUUUGAGAGAUGUGAAAGGGACGGCGAGUUCAAGCAGGUGUGUGGUCUUUCGGUACUCAACCCGCCUUGCUAGGUGCUAAUGCUUCCGUGGGAGAUAUCGCACAGGCCUUGGGUAUUGCUUUGUCCUCGCAUCGACUCGACGUGAUCGAGCGCAUCUUUGUACAGACCAAAAAUGCAGAGCUUUUGGAGUGGAUCCUGCAGAUCGUCGUCCGCGAAGGCGUCAUCAGUGGGUCCAGUCGAGCGUACAAGACCCAGGUCAGUACCUGUGCCAUCAGACCUGCGUAUAGAGAGAGACCCGUCUCAUCUGACGCAUCCCCGAGCUCUCUCCGUCCCUGUCCACGACAGGUCUUGAAUCUCCUCCUAAGACUGUUCAGCUCGCUUCCUUCGCCCGACUACUUUUCCGUGACGCAAUGCUUCGUAUACCUCAACGACCCUUCGCUCGCUUCCGACUUGCUCUCCUCCCUCUUGUGUCUCUCAUCAACAAGCACAAAAGCUCCUUCAGAGGAGGCCAUCCUGACGGCUUACCAGAUCGCUUUCGAUCUCGCCGAGACGGCGACGCAGGAGUUCCUCGAGACCGUUCGAAACAGCCUGACAACACCGACGGCGACGGCCGCGACCGCAUCGACCGACGCAGCCGCACCCAAGGAAGGGAAGGACUUGCACCGGGAACGCGUUAUUUCGAUCCUGACGGGAGAGGAGACGAUCAAGCUCUAUCUCGAGUUCCUGUACCGCAACAACCAUGCCGAUUUGCUCAUCCUGAAGGGUACCAAGGUGAGCCAAUGCCCUGUAGUCACGAGUUGCGUGCGGGGAACGCCGAUGUGCUGACGACGGUAUACAACGCUCAUAGGACGUGCUUGAUGGCCGACAAUCCGUCUACCACUCAGCCGUUACCUUUAUGAACGCCUUUGCCAACGCGGGCACGACCUCGGACCAGUUCUUGCGCGAGAACCUCGACUGGCUGCAGCGCGCUUCCAACUGGUCCAAAUUCUCCGCCACGGCGGCAUUGGGCGUCAUCCACAAGGGUAACCUCGCCCAGGGGAAAGCGAUCCUCGAACCUUACCUCCCGCGCCCUGGAACGGGCAGCUCGUCGUUCUACUCUGAAGGAGGGAGUCUGUACGCCCUCGGUUUGGUCCACGCCAACCACGGCGGCGUCGGAACGACGACGUACCUCAAGGACGCGCUCAAGGCCGGCACUCAGAACGAGGUGAUCCAACACGGUGCGGCUCUCGGUUUGGGUGUUUCAGCGAUGGGUUCGGGCAACGAGGAGAUUUACGACGAGUUGAGGAAUGUGCUCUUCAACGACUCGGCUAUCGCCGGCGAGGCGUCCGGAUACGCGAUGGGGUUGGUCAUGCUCGGUACGGCUUCGGAGAAGGCGCUAGACGAGAUGUUGCAGUACGCACACGAGACGCAACACGAGAAAAUCAUCCGCGGUCUCGCCGUCGGCAUCUCGUUCCUCAUGUACGGCAAAGAAGAAGAGGCCGAUGGGUUAAUCGAGACCUUGCUCGGUGACGCCGACCCGAUCUUGCGCUACGGCGGUAUCCAGACGAUCGCAAUGGCGUAUGCUGGAACGGGCAACAACCGAGCAAUCCGCAAGUUGCUUCACGUGGCCGUGUCGGACGUCAACGACGAUGUGCGACGAGCCGGCGUCACGAGUUUGGGCUUCUUGCUUUUCCGCAACCCGACCCAAGUCCCGAGGAUCGUUCAGCUCUUGUCCGAGAGCUAUAACCCCAACGUUCGAUACGGUGCCGCACUCGCGUUGGGCAUCUCGUGCGCUGGCACCGGUCUCGCCGAUGCGAUCGAAUUGCUCGAACCGUUGACCAAGGACCCGGUCGAUUUCGUCCGUCAAGGUGCAUGCAUGUCAUUGGCGAUGAUCCUGAUCCAAGCCAACGAAACGCUGAACCCCAAGGUCGCUUCGGUGCGCAAGAUUUACGAAAAGAUCGUCGCGGACAAACACGAGGACGCUAUGGCCAAACUCGGGGCCGCUUUGGCGCAAGGUAUCAUCGAUGCAGGUGGUCGUAAUGUCACGUUGUCGAUGCAGAACAAGUCCGGUUCGUCGCAUAUGCCUGCGAUCGUCGGCAUGUCGCUGUUCACGCAAUUGUGGUAUUGGUUCCCUUUGGCGCACUGCCUCUCGCUCGCCUUCACCCCGACGGCCAUCAUCGCCGUCGAUAAGGAUCUGAGGAUCCCCAAGUGCGAAUUCAUCAGUCAGGCCAAGCCGUCUUUGUACGCUUACGUCGCCGCGACGAAACCACCUACGAAGGAGACGGUCGAGAAGGUCGCAACGGCGGUCUUGUCGACGACGGCCAAGACGACGGCGAGGGCCAAGGCUAAGGAGUCCGCUCAGGCGGAUGAGGCGAUGGAGACGGACGAUGCCAAGCCUUCGGCAACGACGACAGCACCAGCGACCACCUCGGAAGGCGAUAAACAGGCCGCCACCUCGAAGGAAGAGGCUAGCACGACGGCGACCGGUGAAGGAGCCGACAAAUCCACUACCAAACCGAAACGACGUGAACCGACCUCGACGCGACUGCAGAACCUCUCGCGUGUGACCCCACCGCAACUUUCGACGGUCACGUUCCCCAAAGAGGCGCGUUACGUCCCCGUUCGACCCGUUGCGAGCUUGUCGGAGACGACCGGCGUUGCAUCGGGGGUUUCGUCGGUCGGUGGCGGAGGGGGUAUCUUGUUGGUCAGGGAUCAGGAACCGGACAAGGAGGCCGAGUUCUUGGAGAUGCAAGUCAUGAAGGUGAUUGAUACUUCUGGGGCAGGGGCGGCGAACACUGCCGGUGCUAGUGCUGCGGGUGGUGCGGCGACCACUACGGAGGAUCAUUCGGGUCCGAUCGCGGAUCCACCGGCUCCUUUCGAAUGGACCGACUGGGAGUGA